UAUAAUCAUGUAAUGCUCCCAUGUUCAACAUCUAGCACUGAACGCCCUGGAGCCUCCUGAUUUUCGAUGGCAACUGAAUCAUCUCCGCAAGUGCCCGAUCAUGUCGUAACUCCCACACAGUCCAAUACCAACAGUUUGCCAGCUGAGACCGUCAACUUUGCCCACCGAAUGUUUGACGCUGCGCGGGAGGGAAACACAGAGCUCCUCUUUCAAGCAGUUGAUGCGGGCUUGCCAGUCAACCUCACGAAUGAUAAAGGAAACACGUUAUUGAUGCUCGCAGCAUACGCGGGCCACGCGGAAUUGACUAAAGGACUUCUGCAACGGAAAGCAGAUCCAAACAGGCUCAACGAUCUUGGUCAAUCUAUUAUUGCUGGCGCUGUGUUUAAGUCGCACGAUGCGGUUGUGCGUAUUCUGGCCAAAGCUGGCGCAGAUCCGAGAAUAGGCAAACCUACCGCAAUAGAGGCGGCUCAUAUAUUUGGUCGGAAGGAGUUGAUGGAAGUACUGGGUGCACAGCAGGGUGAUAUCGGCACAGAUGUGCCCACCCCUCCUAGUGCACGUCCCGAGAAGUGAUCGCAGUUAAGCAAGUUUGAAGGUUCCGAUAGCUACCCAUUCAAGUCGAUCGUGGCAGGUCCAUAGAUAUUAUGUAUGACAAUAAAAUAACUCUCGCAAAGCAGACGGAA